UAAAAAGAAGAAGCAAUCGGCACUCGGCAAUAGAUAACCAACUUCACAUCACUCCUAAAACCAGCGCUUCAAUAACAUCUGUCGCUGCCUAAGGACUAACGGGGUUCAAGAAAGUAAACACACGGGAGUAUGCCACACCUUCAUUUAUAACUCUCGUUGGGGAGAACAUUGGUCAGAGGUGCAUUUCCGUCUUCUCAGAACUCAGCUGUGGCCCCAGUGUGCAGUCUGGUGUAUAAUACUGCGUUUCAGGACCCCAAUGUCUCUCACAUCACCUAUUGCCCUGUGCCUUCUGCUCAGCAGCUGUGGAGCCCAGGCCUUGUCAGGCCACUUCUGGCACAUCACUGACCUUCACUGGGACCCGCAGUACAAGAUGUCCAGUGACCCCAAGUCUGUCUGCCCGUCCAGCGGCUCUCAGGCUGUUCACAAUGCCGGUCGCUGGGGUGAUUACCUGUGCGACUCCCCCUGGGAUCUGAUCAACUCCUCCAUCUACACCAUGAGACACAUCCUGCCCGACCCGGACUUCAUCCUGUGGACUGGUGAUGACACUCCACAUGUGCCUAACGAGCAGCUGGGAGAGGAGGCAGUGUUGCAGAUCAUUGCUAACCUCACUCACAUCCUGCAGGAGGUGUUUCCAGACACCAAAGUGUACUCUGCGAUGGGUAACCACGACUUUCAUCCCAAGAGCCAGCUACCCGCUGAAGAGAACUCUGGAUACCUCAGGACUGCAGAGCUGUGGGGUCGCUGGCUGGACAGCAGCUCCGUAGUCACAUUCAGAAAAGGUGCGUACUACACUGAGAGGCUGCUGAACAAGUCUGGCCAGCGCAUGAUUGUUCUGAACACAAACCUCUACUACAACCAGAACAAGCUGACCAUGGACCUCCCGGACCCCGCUGACCAGUUCAAGUGGCUGGAGCAGGAGCUGACCAGUGCAGCGGCAAGCAAGGAGAAGGUUUACAUCAUCGGACACGUUCCUCCUGGAUUCUUUGAGAAGAAGCGUCACACGUCCUGGUUCACUCAGCACUUCAACGAGCGCUACAUUGAGAUCAUCCGGAAGCACCACCCCGUCAUCGCAGGGCAGUUCUUCGGACAUCAGCACACAGACAGCUUCCACAUGUUCUACGACAGCUCUGGUGGGCCACACUCUUUUUACAGAACAAUUCCAUAUAUAUUUCUAAUGCAGGGAAAGCACUUCACGUUUGAUCUCUCUCUGUGUUUAGGGUCUCCGAUCAGCACAAUGUUCCUGGCGCCUGGAAUAACCCCCUGGAAAACUACACUCCCGGGAGUGGAGAACGGGGCCAACAACCCUGGCAUCCGAGUCUUCGAGUACGACCGCACCACCUUGCUCGUGAAGGACAUGGUGACCUACUACCUGAACCUGACUCACGCCAACCUGGUGGGUCCGCGCUGGGAAAAGGAGUACCGGCUCACCGAAUCCUUCCGCGUGCCCGACGCCUCGGCACGCUCCAUGCACGGGGUGCUGCGACAGAUCGAGACGGAUGACUGUGCCCUGCAGCGAUAUUACCGCUUCAACUCUGUGAACUACGACCUCUCGCGCUGCGACUCGGCCUGUCGCACAAAACACGUGUGUGCGAUCCGCGAGGUGGACUUCACCAGAUACGAGAGCUGCGUCGUCACAGAGGGCGUCGCUCUCCUCUCUCUAGCGCCGGUUUUACUGCUGCUGCCGGCCGCGCUGUCAUGGAAUCCGAUAAUGUAACUAAGGCUGUAUCUUAGUGCUGUCUGCUUUGUAACAGAGAUGUGAAGCUAAUCAUUUAUUAAACCUGUCCUUGAAU